AUGGUACCAGUGGAGAUGAACAACAAUAUUGGAGACGGUGAUAACAACAACGGAAACAAUAACACCACCACCACCAACAACAACAACAUUAAUGGUAGUCUUAUUUUUGGGGAUGAGGAAUUCGACAGUGUGAAUACAAGUGAGAAUCAAGAAGAUGGAAGCGAUCAUCAAGAUCCAGCUCCUCCUAAUAAGAGAAAACGAUGUCAUCGUCACACCAGACUUCAAAUCCAGGAACUGGAAAAUUUCUUCAAAGAGUGUCCUCAUCCAGAUGAAACGCAAAGGAAAGAUCUUAGCCGUCAAUUGGGAUUAGACCAGCGUCAGGUCAAAUUCUGGUUCCAGAACAAACGCACCCAGAAUAGGAAUAAUCAAGUACACCAUAAGAACUCACUACUUCGAGCGGAGAACGAUAGGCUUAGAGCUGAAAACUACCAAUGUCGAGCAUCUAUUGCUAAUGCCGUGUGUCCUAAGUGUGGAGGUAAAACCGCAAUUGGUGAAAUGUCUUUCAGGGAACAUCUUCUUCGCCUCGAAAAUGCUCGGUUGACUGAAGAGGUACGUAGGUACUAUAUAUAUAUCUGUCAAUUAUCUUUGGUGGUGGCCAAGCCUGUAAUGAACUAUACCCUUUCGACUCCGCCUGUUCCAGCUCGACCUUCUGAAGGGAUAGGAUCUAAUAGAAGAGAAGUGAAUGGAAGUAUCGGAAACCUCCCGGGGUCAGUCCUUAGAGUAAAAGAUGCCACUACGUCGUUGAUCAUAAAGCUGGCAGGUGUAGCCAUGGAGGAGCUAAUGGCGAUGGCUCAACUAGAUGAACCGCUGUGGAACGUAGGAGCUAAUGAAACGAGCUUAGCUUUAAACUUGACUGAAUACACAAGAACAUUUAGGAACGGACUCGGGCCUGUACUGAAUGGGUUUAGAACCGAAGCAUCCAAGGCAACCUCAAUUGUGUUCAUGAACCAUCUGGACAUUGUUCAAAUACUAAUGGAUGUGAAUUUAUGGUCGAACAUGUUUGCUAGAAUGGUUGCUAGAGCCAUAAGUCAUGACACUAUCUUGACUGGAAGCCAACGAAACUUUGACGGAGCGUUCCAUCUGAUGAUUGCUGAAUACCAAGUCCUUUCGCCAGUAGUCUCAACCCGAAAAUGCUACUUCGUCCGCAACUGUAAGCAGCAAGGUGACGGUAUAUGGGCGGUAGUCGAUGUAUCCAUAGACCAUUUCUUUCCAAACAUUAAACUUAAAUGUCGGAAACGACCCUCUGGAUGUCUGAUUCAACAGAUGCAGAAUGGAUUCUGCAAGGUGACUUGGGUUGAGCAUGUGGAGGUAGAUGACAGAGAAGUACACCCCUUAUAUAAGUCCUUAAUCAGCUCUGGUCAAGCUUUAAGUGCUGAACGUUGGGUUGAAACAUUGGAACGCCAGUGCGAGCGUUUAGCCUUCAUCAUGGCUCCAAACGUUCCAUCCAUAGAACCGGAUGUAACCAACAAUGCAAAGCAAAGCAUUAUGAAAAUAGCUGAGCGGAUGACAAGAAGUUUCCUUUCUGGAGUGGCCACUUCGAGUGAAGAUAUAUGGCUUAACUUGUCUGGUAAUAAAGAAUGUCCCGUAAGAGUGAUGACACAGAAGAGCUUGAAUGAUCCAGGAAGGCCUGUAGGGGUCAUUCUAUAUGCAUCCACUUCGUUCUGGCUCCCUGUUCCUCCCAACACUGUCUUUGACUUCCUCAAAGAUGCCAAGAAUCGAACCAGUUGGGAUGUUAUCACUACUGGAGGGGAAGAUGUGCAGUUGAUGUCACAGAUUGGAAGUGGGAGAGACAGUAGGAACUGUGUAUCUUUACUCCGGACCCCAAACACUAGCCAGAACAAGAUGUUGAUGAUUCAAGAGACCUCUAUUGAUCCAACAGCUUCAUUUGUGAUCUAUGCACCUGUUGAUGUAUCAUUGAUAGAGAAUGUUCUCUUGGGAGGUGACCCUGACAAUGUGCCACUACUUCCUGUGGGUUUUGCUAUUCUUCCAGAUGGUACGGCUCAGCAAGGAAGAGAAGGAGGGUCACUCGUCAGUGUUGCCUUUCAGGUUCUGGUUGCAGCAGAUCCUGGAGCUAGGCUGAAAUUGACCUCUGUUAGAAUCACCGAGCAUCUGACUUUAGCAAUUGUGGAUAAGAUCCAAGCUCACUUUAAUCAGCAGAUUGUUUGA